AUGCCUAUGUUAUACAAGCCAUCCGUCGAAGGUAAGGAGGUCAAGCCUCCUCAGAUUCCUUCUCCAGGUAACAACUCUUUCUUGGGUGACAUUUUCACUUCCGACGCUCCAAAGGACCAACAGAUUUCUUGUGGCUUCUACAGACAAGAGAAGGGUGAGCCAUUGGUGUACUACUACGACUACGACGAGAUGAAGAUCAUCUUGGAAGUCGAGGGUGAGUACAACAUUCUGGACGAAACUGGAUACAAGGUGUCCGUCAAGCCAGGUGAUGUCUUCUACUUCAAGAAGGGAACCACUAUCACUUUUGAAACUACCGGUUACGGAUAUGCUUUCUUCUGUGGCUUGAGACCAAACGGCACUGCUUAA